CCCUUCUCUCUCUCUCUCUCUCUCUCUCUCUCUAGCUCUAAUUAGGGUUUUGAUUUUUUUUAGAUUCCCCCCAAUUCAAAACCCUAACGGUCGAGCAAACCCUAGAUUCUUUCUUCUCCUAUUCUAUUUGCCACAAACCCUAGUUUAUUAUUAUUAUUAUUUUUUGCUCUUCUAGGGUUCAAUUGAUCGAUAACUCUCUUUGAUCCGCGCGAUCUCGGAGCUGCAGCUGCGGAGAUCCAUGGUGGGUUCCAUUUCUUCGCCGAGAGCUCAACGGUGAGUAGCCGAGCUUCUUUGAGCCCCCGUUUGUAAUGCUAUUGCUAUCUAGGGUUUGGAAAAACGAGUACUGUGCAAACCGCUUCUUCAGAUCGAUCUCAAUCCGGAACGGUGGAGUCGUUGGGGUAACCCUUUCUGAAGCCUCUGAUGAGGGGGUUGUGGUUGAAGGUGGUGAAGAGUUGAAUUUGGGCGCACCGAUGAUAUGAUUUUAGUUGAAUAUGAGCGAUGGAGGUCGGGAGAGCGGCAAGGACAACCAAAAUAAUUUGAACAAGACCAAGCCUUUUGUUAGCGAUGAGUUCGGCCGUUCAAUCUCCAAGAUCGCCAUCGUCCAAAUCUUGGAGUCGAUUGGGUUCCACAGCUCCCAUGCUUCAGCUCUAGAUGCCCUAGCUGAUGUUGCUAUCAGGUACAUUCGUAAUUUAGGGGAAGCUGCGACCUUUCAUGCUAAUCUAUCGGGAAGGACGGAUUGCGAUGUGUCUGAUGUCAUUCAAGGUCUGGAGGAUCUCAAUUUGUCGCAGGGGUUUUCCGGUGCUUCGGAUGUUCACCAUUGCUUGAUGAGUUCUGGUGUCGUACGAGAUCUCGCUAGCUUUGUUAAUACAAAGGAGGAAAUCCCAUUUGCCCGGCCUGUACCAAAAUUUCCUAUUGUUCCGAAGCCAAAACUGAUACCUAGUUUUGCUAAUGUUGGGAAGGAACCGAAGGAGCAAAACAUACCAGAGUGGCUUCCGGAAUUCCCUGACCCACAUACUUAUGUCCACACAGCCGUAUGGAAUGAAAGGACAGCUGACCCGCAAGCGGAUAAGGUUGAGCAAGUGAGGCAGAGGAGGAAGGCGGAGAGGUCUUUGUUAAGCUUACAUAAGAGGCUGGCUUUCAGUGGUUCUGCAGGGUUUACCCCUGUUGGUGAUGCUGAAAUGGAUAAGGGGAAACAGGUGGUUGGAAACAAUCCAUUUCUUGCCCCGCCCGUGCCAUCUGGGGAGAAGGAAGUGUCGGAGAUUGCUAUUCCUAGUGAAGCUCCUACUAAUAAGAGGUUGUCGGUGAUGGAGACUUUUGCACCUGCUAUUGAAGCAGUGCAGAGUGGGAGAGUUGAUGGCGGAGUUGACGAGAAAAGGGCUCUACCGACCAAUAGGCCUACAGUGCAUUUCAAGAUAGGGGUUGAUAGGAAAUCUUUGGUGGUGCCACUGUCUUUGGGUGCUUUGGAUGCUAAAAGGGAUUCAUGGUUUUUGAAGGAUGAUGAGAAGGAUGACAAGAAGCGGAGAGCAGGGAUGAUCCUGAAGGAGGCCAUGGAGAACCCACAUGAAUUAGCUCAGUCUCUUAAAUCCUUGUAGACGGGCUUUUCCCAAUAUGGACUUGUACCACAGUUGUCAGAGUGUAUUGAGACUGGUGAUAUUGCUAACCUCCCCUGAUGGACAAAUUUUAUAAUAGGAUUGAGAAUAAUCUUCUGAUACAGACCUCGCUGAUUUCUUAGACUCUUAUCUCCUCUCACAUCUCCUACUUUACCGUUCUAGUACUGGAUUACACGCCUGUUUGGCUGCGCUGUUAGAGCCACGUUUACUGCGCGCAACUGCAAAAAGGUGGGAAUUUGAGACAGCUCCGAAUCAACCGGGUCGCACCGCUAGGCCAAACAAGGCCAAUUUCUUUUUGUGUCAUUGAAGUGGUUUAUCAGAGGCCUAUUUCUUUUUGUAUCAUUGAAGUGGUUUAUCAACACAAUAUUUGGAAUCUGUGUAUAAUUGUGCUACCUGAUUAAAUCAAAAUCUCUAGAAGAUUGUAUGAAGAUGAUUAUCUUCCACCAUACUGGAGAUGAGAAUUUAACUGCACCAGCUGGUCUUUAACACUUCAUUAUACACCCUUUGUGUUUGUUUUGGAUCUGUUUCUUUGUGAUUCACCUAUUGAUGUACUGUGUCUCUCUUUUGGGCAAUCGAUGAUCACCAAGAUCGCGAUUAUGAUGUCCAGGCGAGCCCCAAAAUAUGCAGUCGUUCGUUGUUGGUCUGUAACUCUGCAUCAGUUGUUCAUACGCAGAUGAUCGAGAUUUGAGCCUCUUUGUUAAUUCAUUUCUAAAUAAAGUGCAUUCCAUGGAGCUGUUGCUCAAGCCUUUGCUUCAGUAGAUAGAUUGUAAAGUUGAGAAAAAUAUAAUAGCUAGUUUGUUAAUUGUUCAUAGAUUGUUGUAAGUUGUUUUCUCUGCCAUACAUGCACAUCUCUUACACUGUU